ACAUCCUUUGGCCCUUCAUGCACCAGUCUGUAGUCCCCUCGCCGACAUCCCGCCACACUGUGAUCAUGGUUGUUGGCCAUGACUCCUUACAUCCUAUUAGGCGUAAUUGUUAUAAACUUUCCCCGACUCGGACGGAGCUCAGCGCGGCCCUGGAGGCGGUAAACACACUGAGAAUAAACAUGUAGCGGCUAUAUGCGGCCGCCCCCGGCUAAUCCUCUGCGCUGACCAUCCGGUUCAUCUAACUUCAUCAGUGAAAGUCCUGCACCACAAGAGGAGAUUUCCUCCUAAAUACCGCCGGGACAGCAUGCUGCAAGUCAACCGUGCCAGCCGUCGAUGUCAUAGCCAGCAGCUUGUUGAAGCUGUCUCCUGCGACGCCACCGGGCACAGCUGAACCCCCGCUGUGAACUUCGACCCCCGGGGUAACCAUGAGCGCGGAUCAUCCCAGUGCGGGCCGCGCCGAGCCUGACUCGGAAAACAGCGAGCUGGCUGACAUGGUGGCGGCCAUGAGCACCACCUCCAGCCACAUGACCCCGCCCAACGGCUACCGGAGCGGACCCCAUCGCACCACGCCCCACCGGCUCACCAUGUCCGACAGGAAGCUGUCCCUGCAGGAGCGGGGGUCCCGCGGCGCCCGGCAGCCCACCAUCGAGACCAAGCGCGUGUCCAUCACCGACGGCGAGGAUUGUGUCCAGCUCAACCAAUAUAAGCUGCAGUCGGAGAUUGGGAAGGGUUCGUACGGGGUGGUAAAAUUAGCCUACAAUGAGGAUGCGGAAAAGUUCUAUGCCAUGAAGGUGGUCUCAAAAAAGAAGAUGCUGAAGCAGUGUGGAUUUCUACGCCGCCCCCCUCCCCAGGGGUCUUGCUCCAAACCCCAGGAGCCUCUGCAGAGGGUGUACCAGGAGAUCGCUAUCCUGAAGAAGCUGGACCACCACAACAUCGUGAAGCUAGUGGAGGUGCUUGAUGAUCCCGGUGAAGACAACCUCCACAUGGCUUUCGAAUUGAUGACAAAGGGGGCGGUGAUGGACGUUCCCACUAAAACCCCCUUCACAGAAGAGCAGGCUCGCUUCUACUUCAGAGACGUUCUCCUCGGCAUAGAGUACUUGCACUACCAGAAGAUCAUCCACCGAGACAUCAAGCCGACCAACCUGUUGCUAGGGGAGGACGGCCACGUGAAGAUAGCGGACUUUGGCAUCAGCAACGUGUUUGAGGGCAGCGACGCGCGCCUCUCCAGCAUGGCGGGGACCCCUGCCUUCAUGGCCCCAGAGAUGAUGGCCGAGCUGGAGCAGGGAGCUGGCUUCAGUGGCAAGGCCUUAGAUGUGUGGGCGAUGGGCGUGACGUUAUAUUGUUUUGUGUACGGGAAGUGCCCUUUUUACCAUGAGUUCAUUGUUGAGCUGCACAUCAAAAUCAAGAAUGAACCAGUGUGUUUUCCACAAGAAACGACCCUAAGUGAGGACCUAAAGGAGCUCAUCCUAUUGAUGCUGGACAAAAACCCAGAAACCAGAAUCACGAUUCCUCAAAUCAAGCUGCACCCGUGGAUGACCCAGCACGGUGCGGACCCCCUGCCCCUGGAGGAGGAGCACUGCACGGCGGUGGAGGUGACGGAGGAGGAGGUCCAGAACAGCAUCCGCCUUAUCCCCAGCCUCUCCGCCGUGAUCUUGGUGAAGUCCAUGCUGAGGAAGCGCUCCUUCGGGAACCCCUUCGACAGCCCCAGGAGCCGGGCCGAGCGUUCAAUGUCGGCCCCUGGUGGCCUGCUCACGGGCACUUGGGGUCUGCUGGGCUCCUCGAUGCACGUCCACCCGUCGCUGAUGAGGGGCAGCAUCGACGGGGAGCUGGAGGAUCUCUAUGAGGACGACGCCAUCCCCGAGUCCAGCUAGACCUCCACGUCUUCUCCCUGAGUACCACUCUCUCUCCCUUCCCCCUCCCUCUCUCUUCCCUCUGAGUACACCUCUCUCUCUCCUUUCCUCCUCCCUCUCUCUCCCUUCCUCCCUCUCUCUCUUCCCUCUGAGUAAACCUCUCUCUUCCUUCCUCCCCCUCUCUCUCUUUCCUCUGAGUAUACCGCUCUCUCUCUCUCUCUCUCUCCCUUCCUCCUCUCUCUCUCUCCCUUCCUCCCGCUCUCUUUUUCCUCUGAGUGCACCUCUCUCUCCCUUCCUCCCCUACCUCUCUCUCUCCCCUCUGAGUGCACCUCUCUCUCCCUUCCUCCCCCUACCUCUUUCCUCUGAGUACACCUCUCUCCCUUCCUCCCCCUCCCCCAACUGAAGAUCCACCAUUCAGUUGGGCCCAUGAUUUGAUUGUUUGGUUUUGAUAAUGUACCACCAAAAUAUGAUUGUGAUACAAAAUGAAGGACGAUUUAAAACAAUCAUCGAGAUUCUAAAGUACUUAAGUUAUUGUUCUGGAUGGAUUAAGAGGUGGCAGUUGGUAUCAUUGGUUGCAUACACAAUGAUAGGUGAAUUGUUCCUUUUUUGUAUGUGUAGUCAUUGAUACUGAAUAGCUGAAUAGUCCUCAGUUGAGGAUGUUUUUGCUAAGCUUCACUUAUUUCUAGACCGAAGUCAAUGUGCAUCGUGCGCCAUCGGGGCUUUUGUCAAACGUGCACCACUAGGGGGCAGCACAGAAGGCUGAUUCUUUAUUCUAUCUUUGUGCUGUCUUCGUUGUCGUCACUGAUUCGCCCAAAUUCAUUGUAUGAUGAGGAAGAAAUUCAGUCUCAAAGUUAAGCAUCCAGUAAUAUUUGUAGUACACAAAAAUGAUCGGAAACGCAGACAAUCUAACUCUUCCUAAGAUUUGCCCUGUUAGGAAUAUACCAUAACACUGCAGUCCUAUACAUUGGCAUUUUUGCAACUGCGUGUUAUUUGUGUGGCCACUAGAUGGCGGCAGGGAGCCCGAGCCAUAGCCAGCAAAUACCUCUCUCCAUAUCCAGUGACUUGAUUCCUGAAAAGCCCGUAUCCGCCCCCACAUAAACGAUCUUGGUCAGAGAUAAAUACAUAACGUCAACCAAACUAGUGUUCAAUAUUGACUUUCCGAUCUUCAGAGGAAGGCUUUUCAUGAAACAAAAAACCUCAGUUGUGUGAAUAUUUACAUAUCCCUUAAUAAAUGUUCUCCUUUUUUUCUUACCUUUCUCUCAAUGCACUUGAUAUAUUUCUGGCUGCAUAUUGGUGAUAAGUAGAGAUGUACAUAGAUGUAUUGUAUUGAUAUGAGGGGAGGGGAGGGAGGGAGGGAGGAAGGGAAGAGGGGGGGGCAUGAUGCAGCAAAAAGAAAGCUGGACUACAGUAAGGAGGAGAAACGGCAGCAACAGUCUUUAAGUCUGAAGUUGAUCAAACCUAUCGAUCCGUCAGACUUGCCUUUUGGAGGCAGCAGAUGCUAACCUACACGCUUGUUGAGCUAUAAGCUUGGGAGUGAGCUGACAUCGCCAUGCAUUAAUAAAAUGACUUACAGUCAUAAUACCAUGUGAUGUCGGGCUGCUCUCAGAGUAGGUAUUGUAAUCAGACGAGACCGUUCGUUAUGUAAAGCACCGAAGCAAAGUAUACAUGAACCGGGGAUAUCCAGAGGGAAACAAGGGUUGAUUUCGUGUUUAAAUGGAUAUUGGCAGCUUAAAAUAUCGUUUCUGUGAAUUAGACCUUGUUGAUACUGUGUGCGUUUUU